AUGGAGAAAACACUGACCAGCAUUUAUCUCGACCCAAGUCAACCCGCAAGUUUCGGUGGUUUAGAUGCUGUUUACAGAGCAGUCAAAGAGAAAGGAAAGAACAAGAUAUCGCAUAAGCAAGUCCGAGGUUGGUUGAGUCAGCAAGAUGUGUAUACUCUUCACAAGCCCGCACGAAGACACUACAAGAGAAGUCGAGUCAUCGUUUUUGGAAUAGAUGAGGAAUUUCAAGCCGAUUUGGUCGACCUCCAAAAUCUCAGUCGCUACAACAAGGGCUAUGAAUACUUACUGACUUGUAUAGAUAUCUUCAGCAAG